AUGGACUUCUACGCCAUGCUCCACGCUUUCGGCCUGAUCGUGGUCAUCUACCGGCGGCAGCGGAAGGCAAUCGCUGACACCUGGCCGAAGUACUGCUGCUUCCUGGCCUGCAUGCUCACCUUCCAGUACUUUGUCUGCAUUGGCAUCCCCCCGGCCGCCUGCAAAGGUGGGUGGACCAAUCCGAGGCUCCCCUGCUGCAGCCAUUUUGUUUUGUCUACAUGUCACCCCUUGGUAUUUCAGUGCUAAUUUUUCACAGACACAGGUCAUCAUCUCAUCACUGUGUAAUAAUAAUGUUUUAUACAUUAUACAUCAGAGAUGUUGCAUGUGUCAUGAGUCAAUAGCGUCUAUGAAGUAGAAAACUUACUAAACUCCUCUUCCCAGACUACCGAUGGAGGUUCCCCUCGUCCUCCACAGACUCCAACGUCAUCAAGUGGCUGUACUUCCCUGACUUCCACACCAAACCCAACCCCAUGUUCCUGCUCUGUGAGUACAACCAUUGACUGAGCAUUUGCCAUUAGGAUUGGGACUGGGACUGGGUUGUCUUGAAAGUAGUGUGUUUGUGACAACACCUCUUCAUCGUCCUGUUUUCUCCUUCUCUUCCUCCUCCUCUUCCUCCUCCUCUCCCGUCUCCUGUAGAUGACUUCAUGCUGCUGCUGUGUGCCUCGCUGCAGAGACAGGUGUUUGAGGAGGAGAAUGAGACAGCCGUGUGCCACCUGGCCGGGGACAACGUGGAGAUCUGCAGAGACCUGGACGCCGCUUCCUUCAGUCAGCACAACCCCGUCCCAGACUUCAUACACUGCAGGUAG